GUGCAUUAAAGCGCGAGGAUUUUCCGAGCGGAUUUCCUUGCCCGUCCCUUCGCUGCCAUCUCUUAAUUCCCUCGGGCGCCCGCCGCACCGUCCUCCCCGGAGCGGGCGGAGAUGCCGGGCGGAGAGACCCCCGUGUCCCAGGGGUGCCCAGGGGAGCCUUCGGAGGCAGCAGGCGUCUCCGGCAUCAGACUCAGGAAUCCGAAGAGAUUCUGCAAAGGAAUCAACAUUCAACAUGACAGGGAAAAAAAAAAAACAUAUUGCCAUUUCAACUUUGAAUCAACAGACCAAAUUCCAGGCCAGCAGACAGUCCAAAUGGGAAGCACUAAGAGAGGAAGCAUCGUAGGUGGUUCAGAGGCCUGCAUGAAGCAGGUCCCAGUUCAGUUUCUGGCUUCUCCAGGUUGUAGCCAUCCCAAGUACUCAAAAAGACAGGAAGCCAUCAUGGAGUCUACUAACUUCCCAUUGUUUUGGUUCUGGUCACUGUGGGCCUUAGGAUCUGGCCCAGGUUGGGUACGUAGCCAAGCAGCCACCCAGCCACAUUCAAUCAAGAUAGAAGGAGACAUCACUCUUGGAGGGCUGUUCCCUGUGCAUUCCCGUGGCCCAGCCGGAGUACCUUGUGGGGAGGUGAAGAAAGAAAAGGGGAUCCAUCGGAUGGAGGCCAUGCUUUACGCUCUGGAUCAGAUCAACAGUGACCCUGAUCUGCUUCCCAACAUAACUUUGGGAGCCCGGAUCCUGGAUACCUGCUCUCGUGACACCUAUGCCUUGGAACAAUCAUUGACUUUUGUCCAGGCACUGAUUCAGAAGGACACUUCCGAUGUGCGGUGCUCCAAUGGGGAGCCACCCAUCAUUGCCAAACCAGAGCGUGUGGUGGCUGUCAUUGGGGCCUCUGCCAGCUCUGUCUCUAUUAUGGUGGCCAACGUCCUUCGCCUCUUUGCUAUUCCCCAGAUAAGCUAUGCAUCCACAGCACCAGAACUCAGUGACAAUAACCGCUACGAUUAUUUCUCCCGUGUGGUGCCUCCUGACUCUUACCAAGCUCAAGCAAUGGUAGACAUUGUUAAAGCACUAGGCUGGAAUUAUGUCUCCACCUUGGCCUCUGAGGGCAACUAUGGCGAGAGUGGGGUCGAUGCCUUUGUGCAGAUCUCCCGGGAAGCUGGUGGAGUUUGCAUUGCCCAGUCCAUCAAGAUCCCACGGGAACCCAGGCCAGGAGAGUUUAACAAAAUGAUCAAGAGACUGAUGGAGACUCCCAAUGCCCGUGGCAUCAUCAUUUUUGCCAAUGAGGACGACAUCAAACGAGUGCUGGAAGCUGCCCGCUUUGCCAAUCUGACAGGGCAGUUCCUCUGGGUAGGUUCCGACAGCUGGGGCUCCAAGAUCUCCCCCAUUCUGAUGCAAGAAGAAGUGGCUGAAGGAGCAGUGACCAUCUUACCCAAAAGAGCCUCGGUUGAAGGUUUUGACCAAUACUUCACCACCCGCUCCUUGGAGAACAAUCGGCGCAACAUCUGGUUUGCUGAAUACUGGGAGCAAGACUUCAGAUGUAAACUGACCCGCCCAGGGUUCCAAUAUGAUGAAGGCAGCCGCAAAUGUACUGGAGAUGAACGAAUUGGCCGAGAAUCAACUUAUGAGCAGGAGGGGAAGGUGCAGUUUGUGAUUGACGCUGUCUAUGCCAUGGCCCAUGCCUUACACAACAUGCAUAUGGAGCUCUGUUCAGGCCACAUCGGGGUGUGUGACAAGAUGGACCCCAUUGAAGGGCGAACCUUGCUGCACUACAUUCUGGGGGUCAACUUCAAUGGCAGUGCUGGGACACCGGUAAUGUUCAAUGAAAAUGGAGAUGCCCCUGGGCGCUAUGAUAUUUUCCAGUAUCAGCUGACAAAUACUACAGCCCCAGGAUACAAGGCUAUUGGCCAGUGGGCAGAAUACCUUCGAUUGAAUAUCGAGGACAUGCAGUGGUCAGGUGGACAGAAGGAGAUCCCCUCGUCAGUAUGCAGCCUCCCUUGUAACUCAGGAGAGAGGAAGAAGAUGGUGAAAGGUGUUCCUUGCUGCUGGCACUGUGAGCUAUGUGAUGGCUACCAGUACCAACUGGAUGAGUUCAACUGUGAAAUGUGUCCCUUUGACAUGCGGCCCAAUCUCAAUCGUACGGCCUGCCGCCCAACCCCCAUUGUCAAGCUGGAGUGGAGCUCUCCUUGGGCCAUUCUGCCCAUCUUCUUGUCCAUCCUGGGCAUCCUUGGCACUGUCUUCAUCGUUAUCACCUUCAUCCGUUUCAAUGACACCCCCCUUGUCCGAGCUUCAGGCCGUGAGCUGAGCUAUGUCCUGCUCACCGGGAUUUUCCUCAUCUACACCAUCACUUUUUUGAUGAUUGCUGAACCAGGUGUCACCGUCUGUGCCUUCCGGCGCCUCUUCCUUGGCUUGGGCAUGGCCAUCAGCUAUUCGGCAUUGCUGACCAAAACCAAUCGCAUCUACCGCAUCUUCGAACAAGGCAAGAAGUCUGUGACUCCACCCAAGUUCAUCAGCCCCACCUCCCAACUGGUGAUCACCUUCAGCCUCAUGUCUGUGCAAGUGGUGGCUGUGGUCAUCUGGCUGGGGGUGCAGCCACCCCAUAGCAUCAUUGACUAUGAAGAACAACGUACCCCCAACCCAGAAUUUGCCCAGGGCGUCCUCAAAUGUGACAUGUCAGACCUGUCUAUCAUCUCCUGUCUCAGCUACAGUAUUGUUUUGAUGGUGACCUGCACCAUCUAUGCCAUCAAGGCCCGUGGCGUGCCCGAGACCUUCAAUGAGGCUAAACCCAUUGGCUUCACCAUGUACACAACGUGCAUCAUCUGGCUGGCCUUUGUGCCCAUCUUCUUUGGCACAGCUCAGUCAGCGGAGAAGAUGUACAUUCAGACAACAACCCUCACCAUCUCCAUGAGCCUGAGCGCCUUUGUUUCUCUCGGGAUGCUCUAUGUACCCAAAGUCUACGUCAUCAUCUUCCACCCAGAACAAAAUGUGCAGAAACGCAAGCGCAGCUUCAAGUCAACAGCCACAGCUGUCAAUGCCUCCACAAGGCUCUCACAGAAAAGCGCUCAGAAUGGCGAAAGCAAAGAUGAGAAGCAGGACAGUAAGUAACCCAAAAGUUUUCCUAAGGUGAUGUACAUCAGCUACACAGAACUGACCAUGGUGCCCACAUGACGGAAAAGGAAAAAGGGCUUAUUUGGGGGGGGGGAGUGGAGAGGGCAGAAGGGAG